ACAUAUAGACAUCUUUUUUUCCUGCUGAUGUUUAUUCUGUUCCUGGACACUGACAUCUUCCCCUUCGUUUAUUUUGAUCCUGGACUUAUUUACUGCUCUGGCAUUGAAUUGUAAAGGAUUAGACCUCGUGUGAUACUUUAUUUUAUUCAAGAAAACUGCAAAGCUAGUUUCUCACCAGCUGUUUGAGGUUCUGCGCUUUCUGUUUAGCUUUCAGCAGAAUUUCCUGCGACUCCGGUGUCAAUCUCACACACAGUUUGAGCUGUGGCUUCAGCUGCCGAUGGAUGAACCUCAAAUUCAAGCAGCACCAUGAGACAUGUUUAGGACUGCUUGGAGAAAUGGGAGAGGAAAUCAGCAUCAACUCCUCCAUCCCGGAUAACUGGCAUCACUGGAUCUUUAAUCACACCCAUACUCAGCCUGAGAAGCAGAUCUGGUUCAUCGUUCAGACUCUGGACGAGGUCUCGCGGCUAUUGGAAGAGUCGGACUCUGUGUCCUGGAACAAGGAAAAGCUGGAAACUUUCUUAAAUUUGCUGGAUCAGCAGGCCAACGGACUACGCUCAUGUCUUGAUCACAAAAUGAAAAAGAACAAACGAUUGCCCUUAUACUUCAAAAGACUAAGAGAUCUCACCAAGAACGAGAAGCAGGAGAAGAACGAGGCCUGGGAGUGGAUCAGAAAAGAGCUGCUUCAACUCUUCGGGCUGUUGGACUUUUUCCCUGCCGUCUCUGGGAAUCUCGCUGCAAACGACAAUCAAUCAUAAGCAGAAGAUGAGUGCGGUGGAAACCGGACAGCUCUGAGACCAAAUCACAGAACCGCCAGAGAAAAGCUACUGGCUGUUGUGAAAGCCUCUUAACCUCCAACUGCUCAGCUUUUACUUAAAUCAAUUUUUACUUAUUAUCUAUUUA